UUUUCCUUUUAAACGGGAGCCGGGAGCGAAAGCGGAUCAUUCAACCCAUUAGCAGCUUUAAAAAAUCCGUACAACUUGGAAGUUAUUCGUAUUUCAGAUUUUCAGUAGCUCCGUCUCAAAAUUACCAUUUUCAGAGUCCUUCGCGCGUAUUCUUGUUGAUUGAAACUAAAACCCUAUUGUUUUCUUUCGUGGCUACAGUUGGUCUGGCAUAAUAAUGUCUCGAGUAUAUGUUGGGAACUUGGAUCCGAGAGUUACAGAAAGAGAACUCGAAGAUGAAUUUCGAGUUUAUGGUGUUCUUCGGAGUGUCUGGGUGGCUAGAAAGCCACCGGGUUAUGCAUUUGUUGAGUUUGAUGAUCGUAGAGAUGCUUUGGAUGCAAUUCGUGCAUUGGAUGGGAAGAAUGGCUGGCGUGUGGAGCUUUCUCAUAAUUCUAAGGGAGGUGGUGGAGGCCGUGGUGGUGGUGGACGUGGCCGUGGUGGAGGUGAAGAUUUGAAGUGCUAUGAAUGUGGUGAACCAGGUCAUUUUGCUCGAGAGUGUCGCUUACGAAUUGGGUCACGAGGCCUUGGAAGUGGGCGGCGUCGAAGCCCCAGUCCACGAUACCGUAGGAGCCCAAGUUAUGGUCGUAGGAGUUAUAGCCCUCGAGGAAAAAGAUCUCCACGACGUCGCAGCAUAACACCACGCCGUGGCCGCAGCUACAGCAGGUCCCCACCAUAUCGCCAUGCUCGUGAUUCGCCUUAUGCUAAUGGAGAUCAACGCCGGAGUCGGAGCUGAAGUAUGUUGUCUCACAACUCAAUCUUGGCAAUUCUGUAGUAUUAGUAGGAAUGGUCGUUAAAAUUGAUAGAAAAAUGACUGGUUGACAAAUUAGAAAAAUAUUUAUCUUGGGUUUGUUUGGAAUUCUUUUCGCCUGAGUAAAUGGCUUCUAUAUAUUUCUUAGCUGCCAAAAAGAGGUGCUUUGACUCCUCAAA